GACGCCUGACAUAGAAUGGAUGUUCAUAUAUGAAGAAGCCUAUUUCUUGUGCACUGCGGUUCCGAAGGCGCUGAGUGAUAAAUUAUAUUACAGUUUGGAGGAGUUCUUCAGACAAACUUGCGAAGAUGCGUGCAAGGAAAUUAUGGCGGGAAAUCUAACGAGCGUGUACCAUGCGAAGUGGCAAGUGUACUCCAUCGGGUCCAACAUCAUCCGCUCUCAGUGUAGGUAUCUGGAAAGCACGUGGAUUAAGGACGAGAAGGAUAAAUACAGGCAACAUAUGUACAGCUCACAAUCCGGCUCGGAUAGUCGAAGAGACUGCCCGAGUGACUUAGGUCCGCUUGCGUUCCAACAAUGGAAGACAUAUGUAUUCGAGAAAGUGCAGGAAAGGAUGAUCAAAGACUUGUUGCAGGACAUACAGAAGGACAGAGACGGCGAGAUGAUCAAUGCGUCGGAGGUGCAGGGCGUCAUCUCCUCUCUGGUCGAAUUAGACAGUACUUUCAAAGCCCCCGAGAUCCGAUCACGUCACGGCUAUCAACAACCCGGCACUGGACAACUGUCGGUGUACCAAGAAACAUUCGAGAAACAAUUCUUAGCCGAGACGGCGCAGUUCUAUCAGAGGGAAAGCAAUGUGUACCUGUCAGAGAACAACUGCUCAGACUACAUGAAGAAGGCGGAGGCGCGGCUGCAAGAGGAGGAGAUCCGCGCGCGCAAACUGAUACACUCCAGUUCAUUUGCCAAGCACAGCCGCGAGUGCGAAUACCAGUUGGUGUCUGCGCACAUGGACAUGCUCAAGGGCGAAUGCCAGAGCUACAUGAAGAACGAGGACGUGGAUGACCUGAGUCGCAUGUACCGUCUGCUGAGGCGAGUGCCCGAGGGAGUGGAUGUGCUGUUGCGCGAGUUUGAGACGUAUGUCACUGCGGUGGGACGGGAGCAGAUCGCAGCUAUCCAGGAAAUGGAACCACGCAGCUAUGUGGAGUGUCUGCUAGCAGUACACGCACGCUAUCACCAACUGGUGCAGAAUGCCCUACAGACGGACGAUGUGUUUGUGGCUGGGCUAGAUAAGGCGUGCAGGAGCAUUGUCAACCACACGAUGGGCGCCAAGAUACCGCAGGCCCCUGAGCUACUGGCCAAGUACUGUGACAUGCUACUGAAACGCAGCCCGGCAAACAAGCACGUGGACGAGGCCGAGAUCAUGCAGAAGCUUAUGAGCGUGAUGACGCUUUUUAAGUAUGUGGAUGAUAAAGACGUGUUCCAGAAGUUUUACUCGCGCAUGCUGGCCAAGCGCUUGAUCCAUUCGCAGUCUGUCUCUGAGGAGGCCGAAGAGAAGAUGAUUGAUAACCUCAAGAAUGAGUGUGGAUUCGAAUACACCAUGAAGCUACAGCGUAUGUACACCGACGUGGCGCUGUCGGCCACGGUUAACCAAGAGUUCUCGGCCUAUGUGGCGCAGAAGAACAUUGUGAUGGAUUUAGAUUUCUCGUCCUUUGUGUUACAAAGCGCCGCAUGGCCCUUGAACGCAGUGGACACGGACUUUGACCUGCCUGGUCCGAUGGAGAGGGCUGUGCAACACUUCGAAACCUUUUAUCACGAGAAGCACAACGGCAGGAAACUGCAGUGGAUGCACCACGUCUCAAAGGUGGACAUUAAGCUGAAAUAUUUGAAGAAACGAUAUGAGGUGCAAGCCACAAGUUACCAGGCGUCGGUUCUACUGAUGUUCAACGAAAGAGAUACAUACAGCUUCGCUGAGAUUCAAGAGGAAACACAGCUGAACGCCAGCGAGCUGACCAGGACACUCGAUUCUCUGGUCAAAACACGGCUGCUGCUGCACGCGACCGACAACAACACUAGCGCAUACGAGCUCAACACGGGGUUUGCCAGCAACCGUACCAAGUUCAAGAUCACACAGGCAGUACAGGCUGAGCCGGCCAAGGAGGCCAAGGAAGCGUAUGGGGCUGUGCAGGAGCAUCGCGUGUUCUACCUACAGGCGACUAUUGUGCGUAUUAUGAAGGCCAGGAAGCUGUUGGGCCACACAGACCUGGUGCAAGAGGUGGUGGUGCAAUCCUCCCGUCACGGCAAAUUCACAGCGUCCAUUCCGCAGGUGAAGAAGUGCAUUGAGCAGUUGAUAGACAAAGAGUAUCUGGAGCGGACCGGUCCUAAUAAGGACAAAUACAGCUAUGUGGCCUGAGAACGAACAGAGCGUUGUGAGUGGUCCACCAGACAUGGGGUCAGAAAUGGGGGCCUUUGUUGUGGGAUGCUUAGGCCUUUGGCGGGGCCAUUGGUAUGGAACACGGCCUAUGACAGGGCCAUUGGUAUGGGACACUUAGGCCUUUGGCGGGGCCUUUAUUAUCGAACACUUAGGCCUUUGGCGGGGCCAUUGAUAUGGGACACUUAGGCCUUUGACGGGGCUAUAUUGGAUAAGAACCGCUUUGCGGUGUGUUGCAGUAUAGACACACUAACGAGGAAAAUUAAAACAAUGCUUUUCUCUCGUCCAGAGAACCACCAUCA